AAAACAGACGGAUAUUUGACAAUGAUACUCCUGAAUGUAUACACUUCAAGAAUACGUGCUAAAAGCGAUGGUGACCCGCGAUACACCCAGAGUUAAUAAUCCCAUGUAUGCGCGUUGUGGGCUGGCUUCGCACAUCGGCAGCCCAGCAAUCGUAGCUGGCACCUCAUUCCAGCGGAUAUGUGGAGCACCAGCAAAACCCCUCGCUGGCUUGUUGCCGGAGAGCCAGGAUCUUUCUGUUUGUACGAAUCGCUCGCUGGAUUCCGGCUGCAAGGAGCAACAAGUGCAUAAGCGCGUGGGAGAAAAGAUCAUGUCAUUAGACGCUUAGGUAUCCGAGGAGGGAAAAGUUAUCGAGGGGAACCUCAGAGUGCUACCGACGCAGAAAGGAAACAGAUUACCGAGCACCUUUGCCUGUGCUUUUUGUCUUCCCAAUAAGUUGUGUACGGUUUUCAAUCCAUGCUGCAUUUUUAAAGAAUGGCCGCUAAAUUGGUAUUAGUCCUGCAGUUGUCCGUGUGCUUGAGUUAUCACUUUGGGAUUGUGGCAACCGAGGAGCCCCCCCGAGGUACCCAGGACAGCGGUUCCGCGGCUGGACAUGACGUACCGGCGCCGGACAGCUUUACCCGGGACACGCUGACGAGCCGUAUGUUCAAACUGUACGACAAAUACAGCCGAGAACUUAACCGUCCGAGAGACGGAAAUACAGUGCGAAGUUUCAGGGCGACUCCAGACGGCGGGAAGGAGAAGGAUUUGUUCCACUUUAACAUGACCUUCGUCCAAGACUCAGAGGUGAUACUCUCUGCUGCUUUCCACUUCUUCUUCGACUAUCGUCCCUGGCAGAGGUCCUGGCUCUGUAAGCGCUCCCAGAGCCCGGCCUGCCAUGUCCCAGUCCUCCAGCAGAUGGCGCCAGUCCGAGUCCUUUUCUGGAGCCAAUCCCGAGAUGGUGCUGACGGCAUGCUUCUGGGAAAUGUCACCUUCAUGCCGCCCAGGAGGGGAGCGUGGCUUACAAGGGACAUAUCGGACAUUGUCAAGCAGGCCCAGGCCACAGAGGAGCCAUUAAUCAUGGUGGAGUUUGAUUUCAGUAGGAAGUAUCUGAGGCGUACUGAGCGGCUGUCCUCAUUGGCCCUUCCCUACUUGUUGGUCUUUGCUGAAGACCUAUCCAUUUCAGAGCCCAACAGCGUGGCCUCCAGCUUGCAGCGCUAUGGCCCGUUCCCAGGUGCUGAGGAGCCGGCUCGUUCCCCCAAUGCCUACCCCAAAUCACGAGUCAGGAGGGAUGCACGGUCCUCAGACCCCAUCCGCAACAACGAGCUCCCCGAAGUGGAGCACGGCACCUGGAAGAAUCACAAGAUGUGGGAGAGCUCCUACCUGGCUCCAAAGCCCAAGGUCCCACAGAAGGAGCACAGGAGAAGGGAUCCUGAAGGUGGCCUGGACCCGGGGGCACCCCAGGUGCUCAGCUUUGACGAGGAAACCAUGCGGAAGGCCCGGCGGCGGCAGUGGAGCGAGCCGCGGGUCUGCGCCAGGCGCUACCUGAGGGUUGACUUCACUGACAUUGGCUGGAGUGAAUGGAUUCUUGCCCCCAAGGCCUUCGACGCCUACUACUGCGCUGGGACCUGCGGGUUCCCCAUGCCCAAGGUUGUUCGUCCUUCCAACCACGCCACCAUCCAGAGCAUCGUGAGGGCAGUGGGGAUCACCCCGGGGGUGCCUGAGCCCUGCUGUGUCCCUGAGCAGAUGGGCGCCCUGAGUGUCCUGUUCCUGGACGAGAGCAGGAACAUGAUCCUGAAGGUUUACCCCAGCAUGUCUGUGGAGACCUGCAGCUGCCGAUAGGCGGGGGCUCUGGGACAGGGCAGCCAGGAUGACAGGCUCAUGGACCACUGGCCACAGCUGGGGGGGGGGGAGGUGGGUAUGAGAGAGACAGAGUGUGUUGUCACUGGCAGCACCAGGGGUGGCUCCCUGAACAUUAGCCAGUGCAUCCUGGGUCGUGACUAUUCUCACAUGCUCAGAUCAUCACCGUUACCUUCUCUAAAAUCAAACUGUACAACUUUCCCUGCCACAUGUGAUUGCAGUGCUGCAGUGGCUCUUUGCUCCCACGUCAGCAUAAUGCACACACACUUCCCGUCUUGUGUUGUUUGUAGGAUCUCACUUGAUAUUCCAUUUGGUACACAGCCAUUGACUUCCUACACACUGUUCCACACAGUCACUCACAUUUUAUCAUUUCUUAUAUAUAGUUACUCAGUGCAUAUUGUGCCCAGUCACACUAUAUCUGGUGCUGUACACAGUCACUCACUUCCUGUGCCGUGUUGUACACAGUCACUCACUUCCUCUCUUGUGUUAUACAGUCACUCACUUCCUGUGCCGUGUUGUACACAGUCACUCACUUCCUCUCUUGUGUUAUACAGUCACUCACUUCCUGUGCCGUGUUGUACACAGUCACUCACUUCCUGUCUUGUGUUAUACAAUCAAUGGGUGAAUCUCAAUACCAAGAACGCAAACACCCUACUUGUGGUCUUGGCAAGACCAGUCUUAUGAACUUUCCUUCCAAGAACGAACUUGGGGCGCAAUAAAUUAGGGGAUUGGUUUCAUUCUUCAAGGAUGCAAAUAAUAUGUCAUUGGUAUUUUGGGUGGGAAAAGAACAACAUCCCGGGAUUUUUACCAUCCUAUGUACUUACAUUCUUAGUAUCGGAACUGGUCUUCAGCAAUGGAAGAUGACGUAAAAGAGGCACACAAGAAAACAAGUAUGGUCAAGUACGCAAACUAACUUCACUUCCUGUGCCAUGUUCUAUGCAGUCACUCACUUCCUGUGCCAUGUUCUAUACAGUCACUCACUUCCUGUGCCAUGUUCUAUACAGUCACUCACUUCCUGUGCCAUGUUCUAUACAGUCACUCACUUCCUGUUUCAGUGACGUCCUAGCAGCAUAUGGACAUGUCAGUGGACAAUAUUUAACUGGCUCCACAUCUACAAAAGCUCAAUGUAUAACCAGUGACACAGCAUUUUGGUUAUUUUUGUUUCUAUCAUCCAUUGAUGUACAGUACUCAAUAUUUUUCAAGAUCGUUUUUAUUCAUCCCGAGCUGUCUCUCUCUAUUCAAGUAACUGAAAAAAAAAAAAGAAAUCCCAGUGUUGAUGUAAUUGCAGCCGCUAUGCAUAGAUGACGUUAGCUAUGAGUAUUUAGGUAGCAAACUAAACGUAAGAAUAAAUAUUAACAGGCUAACGAUAUUUAAACAGAAAGAGAUCACAUUAUAAUGGCAUUAUACAAACUUACUACCCAGCAUAAAAGGAAAAAGUAUAUCUGUAUGUUUUAUCUUUCAUCCAUAGCUCAGAAUUAGAUGUAGAGCAGAGUGCCUUCAAAUGUUACAGAUGAAAUAAAGCAUGAUACACCAAAAAGUGUUCGAAAACGCGAACAAGCCGUUCGGGUCCUUUCCGGACAGCACAUUCUGGCCACCGUUAAUAAGGGGCUUAUCUGGUAUUUGAGGCUUCCGCAGUCUGUUAACAGAAUGCGGACAGGGGAGUGUUUUGAACCAUCGGCAUGAGGGGGUGACAUGUGAGGUAAACUCAUUGGACAUAACGCGUGGCGGGUGGGAUUGCCCUGCGCAGCAAAUCGCUGCUAACAAUUUAACCAACUGAGACGUAGAUUACACCAAUCAGUGAUUGAUGAUGCAUGAUAAUCCCGCCCACCGUGUGUUUUCAAGCCUCAUUUCUCCUACCAUUACGUAAUUCCAGAUGUCUUGGUGAAUCACUACGUAAGGAAACAACAGGCAGAAAAACGCACACUUAACACACAAUAUUGCUACAGUGUUUCAAUAUGAAUAUUAAUAAUACUGUGGAGAUACUGCAGCCUGAAAGCAAUGUUCUGAAAAGGUUUUGUGUCAUUCAAGGCUUUUCUUUUGCUUCCUGAAGGGCACAGUGGUAGUCUUUAUCAUUUGUAGGUGGUUCUUGUUAUUUAGUGCGUUUUAUAAGGGUUAGACUGCACAGCAUUGUACAACACGUCUAUUUAUUACUGGCUGGGUUUGUGUUUUUGUUUACAAAAGUGUCUUGUUCCACUUAUAAAAUCACCCGACAUAGAACUAUAAUUCAGAAGAUUCCCCCGGGCUGUGAAUUGUGUGUUUUGUUAUCUCCAUAAAAUGUUUAUUAUUUCUGUAUAUUUUAUGUGUUUGUUUAAAUAUCUUCGUUCCUGAAAAAUUAGUAGCUGUUUUCUGCAUUUAUGUUCUUGUAAAUUAUACAGCAGUAGCCUUCGUAAGUGUUAGAACAAAAUAAACAAAGAUAAUUGGUAAAUAAUCCC